GUUGGACAGGGAUAGGGACAGGGACCUUUUGGCAGGAUUAUCGAUUUUCCAACGUUUCGAGGUUUCUAGAGCGACACUUGCAUUGCGCAAACUCAGCAACCGUGCAACCCCCAUACUGUGUUUGACGCUACGAGAAUUUCCGAGUGGCGGAGAAGCGUCGCGAGUGUCGCGAGAGCGUCGAUUUCGUCGCCAUGACGAAAAUCCGCGAUAAAUUAUCUAUUUUAUUCGAGUCAAGAUUAAACCAUCGUCGUCGUCGUUGUCGUCUCCUCACUGUCCCACUUUAAAUCCCAUUGUCUUUAUUCGUUCUUUAUCCAUAAGAGACAACAGUUAAACACAAAACCAUUCCUUUGUUGUGCAUUUAGAUGCAACUAAGUGCAUGAAAAAAUGCACAAGGAAAAUGUUGUUAUUUUCAUUGACGUGACCAUUCGAACCUGUUUCUCUAACUAAUUAAUAUAAUAUACAGAUAUAUAUAUAUAUAUACAUAUGUUAACAUAUCAGGUGCUUGGAAUUCUCAAAAAUGGCUGACAGUUGCGUAACAGUUGCGUGCUUCCUGAUCAUCGUUUCGAUCGUUCUCUCCGAUGGUCAAUUAAUGACGAAAGAACAUCGAACUAAUGCUGCUUCCGAAAGGCCAAACAACUUGUGGUGUUAUCAGUGUGAUUCCAUGGACGAUGGGGAUCUGUGCUCCGAUCUUCCCUAUAAUUAUUCUUCUUUUAUGCACAAGUGUAAGGACGAUAAAAGAAUUUGCAUGGUGAAACGAUUCUCUUAUACUACGAGUACGGAAAAUUCAACUUCAAGUCCUCACGUGUGGUCCUUGGAAAGAAAUUGCACGAGUAAAUGCGAACCGGGUUGUAUAGUAAUCGGUGAAAGAACAAAGCUUUACGCUUGCACGGCCUGCUGUGAUAAAUCUUUAUGCAAUACCGGAACCGGAACUGCCAAUGAUCUUACGAUGAAAGAAAUAAAUUUUCUAUUAGCGCUUAUAUUACAAAUCGUUUUAACAAUUACCAUGUAUUCGUCGUGACACUAUCGAUCAAAUAUCAAAUGAUACUAAGUUUUAUUA